UAAGGACCUACUACUGACAUCUUCUGGCAGAACAAGGCACACAUCUCUGUGGGGAAGUUCAUAAUCUACACCACAAGGGGGAGUCCUUUAGCCACUAAAAACUGCUUAAGGACGAACACCACCUUGAGCGCAGCAGCCUGUCCUUUGCGCGGUUGCUUUUCUUGCCUGUAAAAACAACGACUGUGGCUAAAAAGUAACGGCCAACAGCCAACUAAAUGUUAAAAGCACUGUGGCUCUAAAUGUGUAUAUGGUAUAUGCAAUUGCGUAUUCAGGGGAUAAUAGACUAACACCCACAUUUGUCAAUCCCCCUUUCCUAAAUCUCAGCAGUUUGAGUUCCCUAAUUCCCCUCCCCCCUCUUUUGAGAGGGGACACGGGAUGAGCAGAGUUUUUGGAAUGUGUGCAGCAGCUGCUACGUCACCGCGGUCUCUCCAGUCUCACUCCAUCCGAAGAUCUCAGUAAAGCUUGAGUCCGGUGGAAAAACAGUUUUUAUGGACUCUAAAAACGUUGCGGACGGGAGCCCAUAAAGUGGGGCGAACUGUUCUGUUCCCAUGGUGAUCGAGAGGACGCCCUGCCUCGGUGUCGCGGCGUACAGCUGAAGGGGGCGUGCACCAAUAGGGAACGACUUCUCGUUCUCUGUGUUCAAUCUCAUAAAGGCUCAUGAAAUCCACGAUGGUAAGGACAACACGGCAUCAACUCGACAGCAGCAGAACUGGGUAGAUUACCAUCGAAUACGAAUCCAUUUUACAAUAACGUCUAUUACCCAUACCAGCCAGAGACCCAAGGGACCCACUCAUCAGCUGGGAUCCCCUCCCUCCUAAACUCCCCCCUGAGCCAGCCCUCCUCCAGCGGCCUGUGUCCUCCAGCACCACCACCAGCAGCCAUGUCUGCCUCCACAUCCACCACCAUCCCGCCCUUCAAAUUCCGGCCGCGACGCGAGAGCGUUGACUGGCGCCGGAUCAGCGCGGUGGACGUGGACCUGGUGGCCAGCGAGCUGGACUUCCAGACCCUGCAGGAGCACAUCACAGGGGUGACCUUCUGCAAUGUGGAGGGGGAGCGUUGUGUCCGCUGCCAGAGCCCCGUGGACCCGGCGCUGCUCAAGCUCUUCCGCCUGGCCCAGCUGACAGUGGAGUACCUGCUGCACUCCCAGGAGUACUUGACCCUGAGCCUGGGGGCGGCCGAGGAAAGGCUGCAGACCCAGGCCCGCGAGCACCAGCAGCUCCUGGCCCAGCAGCAGAAGCAGGCGGACCAGGCCAAGGUACUGAAGACGGAGCUGAAGCAGAGGAAGAAAAUCAUUGCCCUCAACCAGCAGGCUAUGAUCAACAUGACCAAUUGCCAUAAGUGUCAACAUUGUGAUAAAGCCUUCAUGAAUUCCUCCUUUCUCCAGAAUCAUAUGCAACGUCGCCAUCCAGACGAGUACGACAGCCAGUUAAGGACAGGCAACCAGAGGAAAGUGAAGAGCAUUGCAGAUGAGGAGGAGAUCAGUCGGCUGAAAGGGCAGCUGAGUUACACCACAUCUGAGCUGGAGUCACAGAGGCAAGCCCUCUUGGCCAAAGCCUCUCAGGAAAGAGACCAGCAGUCCAUGCACCAGGAUUUGAUGAGAAAGCUAGAGAGCUGGAAGGAAGAAGAACACAGGAAGAUGGAGGAGAUGAGAGUCGGUUUCCGGAGGGAGAUAGAGAUACUUCACAACAGGAACGCUCUUCUUCAACAAAAAGUGGACCUCAAGAUGACCACUCCUGAGAGGAGGCCCAGUCCUGCUCCCCAGCAGACUGACCAAGACAUGGAUGAAAAACACAAGGUUGUGGUCCAGAAAAUGGAUCAGAAACACAAGAAACUGGAAGAAAGGUUUACAUCAAAAAUGGAAAAAAUGAAGGCAAACCAUGAGAGUGAGAAAAAUCAGUGGCAGGAUCAGUUUAGCAGGUUGGAGUCGUCUGUGGUGGAGUGGCAGCAGCAGAGCCAGAGGCAGAAGGAGGAGAGUGACCAGCGGCUUCAGGAGCGGGACGUAAUCAUCCUCUCUCAGCGACAGCAGAUAAAGCAUAUGUCUUCAAAUCCACCUACUAAAGUAGUUGAAGUUCCAGUGAUCAUAACAGCCCCAGCGCCAGAGCCUAAACCAAAGAGAGUAGUGAAGGAGCAGCCUCCCUCUGCUCCUAAACUGGAUCCUAUAGAGGAGCUGUCUGAGGAGGACAAAGACUCGUCCAGCGUGUCUGAGAAGAAGCCAGUUGUUGUAAUGAAGCAGCCGUCUUCUGUGACCAGUGUCCUGAGGAAGAACCCCAACAUCAAGAGGGAGCUGCGUCCCGCCCUGGAGCAGGCACUCCUAGAGAAGCUCGAGUCCCUGGGAGUCAAACCGGGUCUGAGGGGACUCGGAGGCAGCGAGUACAGUGAUCUCAUGGCUAAGUUGCACUCGGAGAGAGAGAGAGUGGCGAAGGACAUUCCGGACUAUUGGCGUCACCGUGAGGAUGUGGCUCACACACUGCGUCUGAGACUGAAGGACAAGAGGACGGAGAGUGACUCUGCCCCCGAGCAGCGGGUCAAACCAAAACAACCCACUCAAGUGACCCAGGCCAGACAGCUGUCCAGCAGCCUUUCCUCCAAGGUGACCCAAGUGAUGUCAGGACCCACAGCAGCGCCUGCCAAACAGCUGCAGACGACCCCCCAGCCUGCCCCCCGGACCCUUACCAGUACCCUGCCCAAGACCUCCACUCCAAAGACCCCUCCUUUCAGCUCAGACGAUGAGUCAUCAUCAGAGGAGGAAGAGGAGGAGGAGCCACCUCAGAAACCCAGACAGGAGCAGAGAGUCCCUCAUCACAGAGCCUCCCAGCCCAAACCAACACAACCCAAGACCACCCCCCAUCACAAACUCACCCAGUCCAAACCGGUCCAGGCCAGAUCAAGCCAGCCCAAACAGGUCCAGCCCAUUACCACCCAGGCUCAGCCAUAUAAAACCCAGCAGCUCAGAAGCACUGCGGUCAACACGACCAAGACAGCAGUCACUGUGGUAGAGAGCGAGGGAGAGUGGACAGAGGGGAGUGAGUUGGAGGAGGUCGACCCACAACAGCUCCAGAACUACAAAGACCAGAAUGGGAACGUACAGAAGACUACAAACAAUAACCUGGUCAAAGACUUGACUAAGAGCCUGGAGAAGCAGCUUGCAGACAGAGGACCAAAGAAGCCACUAGGGGGAGUGAGCAUCUUACCAGAGAGGAAAGACAAAGACGUUGUACAGGAACUCAAGUAUACAAACGAGGAUGAGGAGGAUGACUGGGAUAUCUCCUCGUUGGAUGACCUAUCGGUACCCGCCCCUGUGGGCAAGCCCACCGCCCCCGUGAGGAAGAGCCUGGAAUCAGACAGCACUACCAGUGUCUGGGGAACAUCCACCGGGAAGGGGCAGAAAACAGGUUUGAAUGAAGCCGGAACCGGCAGCACUCUGAAGAGCAGCCUGGUCUCUGUCAGCGACUGGAGUGACGAUGAUAUAUAGUAAUAUGGAGGUGAUACAGGUUUACAGUUCUACAAUGAUAAAACUCAAUAUUACAUUCAUAGGAAUUCUUUGGAAGGCAAAUAUACUUAUACAUGAUUUACCGAUACUGUUAGAAUUACAGUUGCAUAUAAAAGAGACUUAAGGAAGAGAUCCUCUGCUCAGGACACAGUUUAUCUCUUGAGAUAUACACCUAUGACAGUGGUAGCCAUCUGCCUUGUGGCGGUUUUCAGUGUUUUUAUUUUAUAUACAGAUUAUAUAUUAGCUACAGGGAAUUGUCACCUUAGAGGUUUUAUGAAAUGUGAUAUUGCACUCCAUGUGAGGUACUUGUAUGAUUUGUGUCAAAACAAUUUACAUGACAUUUGUAAGACAUUUGAAUGUCCUAUGGAAGAAAAUAAUUUUUGUUUGUAUAUAAAAUAUUUAUACAUGCUAGUAGACAAGCAAUACAACAUUUGUUUUUUAAUCAAAUGAAAACUUUCAUCCCUUUC